UUGAACGUGCAAGAAUGGCUGCCAUGGGGAACCGUUGUCACGUAAGUGGUUGUCGUAAAAUUAAUUCUACAGGAAAUUCAAAGGAAAUGGAAUAACUUUCUUCAAAGUGCCAAAGUCGUUGUUGAGCAGGUGGCAAGGCGUAAUGCCAACAAGUCGUUUGACAGAAACAUCUCGGAUAUGCAGUCGUCAUUUUGAUGAGAACGACGUGGUAAAAGUAGUCAAUAUUUUAAAUGUGUUCCAUCCCUAUAAAAAUUGGAGACUUAAAACUGAUGCACUUCCAAAGCAUUUCUUAAUUCAAGAUGUGACGAGCAGACCACCACUACGAAACAUUUUACAAGAAAGGUGGAAGAAUAUGAGGAAAGUUCUACAUCAUGAACCAAGCGGGGCUAUAUCAAAACUUAAAACUGCCCAAGUUGGAGGAACGUACGAUGGGAAAACAAAAGCCAUAGAUGACAUAUUCAACGCAAAUGCCAUGGUGGUCGUUGAAGGCUCUCAAGCAAAUGAGGUUGAAGCAGCAUUAUGUAGCAAGAAACCAAUAGAGAAAAUUGCUGGUAUUCUACAAGAGCCUUGCAACGAACAAGGGAGUCUUCCAAGUCUAGAAGAACAAUUACAAAACAACUCAACAGCAGCCAAUGGUGUGGUGGAACUUAAAGAAGCAACAAUUCCUAUUAAGAAGGAAUGUACAAAUGCAAUGUUUAAAACAAACUUUGCAACUUACCAAUCACUUACACUUCUGGUGAAAUUACCAAAUGAUGGCUGUCAAGAUGUCAUCAAAAUUGUCAUGCAUGAUUCGUUUCAAAAAUGUAUUUCAAAAAUUUCAAAAGCUAACAUCAUUACUGUCUUCUGUGAUGUUCAUCGGGAUUUUAGUUUUCCUUAUCUAAUAAGAGAGUUUGUUUCCCUGCGAUACCACUUAGAGUCUAAGCGCCUUAAAAAUGUUAUGCUCCAAGUUGCCUCUGCCAAAGUAAAAAUACACGGAAAACUUUCAAAACAUGUAUGAUAUUG